AUGCAGGUGUCUGCGGCCCCCCGGGACCCUUCUGCCCCCUUCGUUUUGCUGGAGGCAAACCUAGCCAGGAGCUGCCCCCACAAAGAGAUCAACCACAGCUCCUCGGUGCAUCAGGUGGGAGGGGUGUGCAAGACUCUGAGCUUGGGGCAGGAGGGGGGGAUGUUUGCAAUUUCCUGCCCCAGUUCGAGGAGAGAGGCCUCUUGUCGUUUCCUGUGGUUUGGGGCAGGGAGGGGAGAGAUAGCAAAGAGUCAUGUGAUUAUCUCUCUUUCCCCAAGUGGGAGGAGACACGAGGCGGGCUCAGUGCGGCAAGGCGUCUAUAAAUGGGCCAAGCACUGGCACUUCCAUCUCUUGACUUCAGCUGGCGACUGGUCUCCCCGGCUGGCCCGGUAGAUUGCGAGCGACCCAAGAGGUAGACUGCUGUGGGCUGACAGGAUCCCUGGGCGGGGAGUUGGGAAGAGCGGGGCUACUUGACUGAAGAGUCCUGGGUUCUAGCUGGGAAUGCAGGAGGGCAGGAAAGGGCUGUGCAAUGAGAGAUAAGGCGGCUGAGGCUCUUGGAGAGAACACGCUGCAUCCGUGUGCUGGGUGGGUGUUAUGCUCUAAGACUCCUGGAGUUCUAUCAUGAUGUCUAGGAAGGAACAAGAGGAAGAAUGAGGCUGGUGUUUGGGAGACGGAAGGAUGGGGAUCUGGGCCAAAGCGAAUCUUAGUCCAUCUUCUUGUUUGAAGAACAAAACCUGUAUUUUUAAAGAGGAGCAUGAGGAAUUGGGAGCAUGCAGGGGUGUUCAUUGGCAUGUAAGCUAUUAGUCCUAACUCCCCACCCCCCUCCUAAACAGGCUUAGACUGGGAAGUAAGAAUAGGGAAGUUCCGAAAGAUGUCACACGGGUGGCUUAUGCAAAGGGGAAAUAUGGCGGCUGUGCACAGUCAGUGGGUGCACACUCAUGCUUAUUCAGGCCCUUCACUGAAAGGCUGCUGUGAAAUUUCAACAUGCCUGCCCUCUACUGAUAGGAAAGAGGAUGAACACCUCUGUACAAGCAAGCAUCAGUUGAUUGACCUUGCAGCCAUUUUCCUAACCUGUCCUCCUCUUCUCUCUGGUUUUUAGGGCAGCUCCUUUCUAUUGCAGAAAUGUGUGGAGUUUGGCAGGAAUGCCCGUCCCAGCAGCAUUUGACCACAAGAGUCUCUUCGAUGAAACAUGAGCUGGUCUGGGAUCAUUGCCUGGGGGUCUUGGAGGACAGUUCCACUGCCAUCGUACAUCUCGUUCCAAGAGAAGUCUAUGGACCAAGACAGUUGGUAAGAGAUGGGACAUGGAGAUCCUUUCCCCACUUUUGGAAUCUAACAGGGAUAAGGAGGAGGGAUAAUAAACACCAUUUCAGGUUAUUUUCCAUUUUAGAGCGUGUGGAUAGUGAAGAUAAGGCCUCCAUGCUGUGCCCAAGAUGUACUUACAAGCAGUGCUCAGAAGGAAAGCCGGGGGGAAUUUUGCAUAAAGGUGUUCAGGGUUGUGGGGCAAGUAAGUAAUGUAUGAAGGAUUCAGUCUUAACCCCCAACAGGAACUUGCUGAAAGGGCGGGGAGAGAAAGUAAGAGAUAGAAAACAGGAAAGGCAAGAGAUACAGCGUAUAGAUCAGCCGUGCCCGCCAUCUAGGCAAAUGAAAGCAAACAGACUUCUAAUGUCCCCUGAAUACCAGUCACUAUAUUAAAAAACAAAACCUCAUUAAGUUUUCUGUUAAACCAAAUGGGCUGCAUCCAACUAAGUUCUAAUCAGAGUAGACCCACUGAAAUUAAUGAACCUAAAUUAGUCAUGCUAAUUAAAUUCAAUGUGUCUGCCAUGUGUAGGACUAACACUGGAUACAACAACCCCAGCUAUUGUGUAAGGAAAGUUCCAACUGUUUCUCUGCUGCUCUCUUGAAAUCAAAGGUAUAGCCACAUAUUAUUGCAUUAAACUGAACAAACCAUUUUGCAUCUCUAAUGGGGAAAGUCUGACAGCGCAGUCCUAUGUGUGUCUACUUAGAAGAAAGUCUCAUUAAGUUUAAUGGGCCUUAUUGCCAGAUACAUGAGCGCAGGAUUGCAUCCUAAAGAUUAUGAGCAGUCCAAUUCUCUGCCUGUUCAACUCAGAGUAAGUCCCAACUGCAUUCAGUGGGGCUUACACCAAAAUUACAUACACACAGGAUUGCUAUCAAAUUGAACAGAAAGCUAAACAUAGACACAGCCAUUUUAUGCUGCUUAUUACUGAACUAACGCUACAAUACUAUGGAAUUUUACUCAGGAGUAAGUCCCACUGAAAUCAGUGAGGCUUACUUCCAAGUAAACCUGCACAGAACUGGGCUCCAAGUAAGUGGUUCUUAAGACCUGUUUACGCAUUAAUAGUUUUAUUUGUUUAAUCUUAGUUGAUAAUCUAUUUACCCUGCCAAUUUAUAGCAGUAUUUCCUUAACUUAUAAGACAAUUCUAUGCAGAUAUAUUAAAAGGAAACCAUUACACUGUAUAUAAAUCGGUAAACUGUUCUAUAGGUUGGGUUAAAAAAAACACAACACUCCUGAGUUGCCUAGUUCUUUUAGAACCAAAGCUUUACAAGACUAAGCCAUUUCCACAAAACCUGUAGUUUAUUCGAGAUAAAACCUAGAAUAAAUUUUCCCACCCCAGCAUAUUCUCAAGAUAGUUUUGCAGAACAUGAGCCCUUCUCAGAGUGUCAUACAUGACUGGGCCCUGUGUUCAAUAUGGUGCAUUACAACCAGACUUCCCCACUUUGUAGCCUACCUGAACCUGCAAAUUCUAUAUGGGAAAGGAGAUCCCAAGAAUUUCACUUAGUGUCAGAGGCCCUUUUUCCCCAACCUUCACCUCUUUGCUCUACUAAGAUCUACCAGGGUGAAAAGCAGGGUCCUCCUCAUUGUACUCCAAUUCUGCAGAAUUCUCUCAAUUAAGAGACCUGCCAAAACUUCACAUUAUAACAUUUUUUUAAAGGACAGUACUUAAAACGUGUUGGUUUUUUUAAAAAAAGCUUAGAUUAGAAAUACAAUGGUUGUUUUAACGGGCUUGGGAUUGCAGCUUUGUCCCUUUGGGAUUGGGAAGGAGGCAAAAUACUUUUUAAAAAUACACUUUCAUGUUCCUUAUGGUAGCCUAUAUGGGCAGGGAUCUAAGGAGUUACUUUGCCUCGUGCAAUGCAUCUGUCCUGACCUAGUUUUACAUUUUAACACUUGCUGCUCACACGCGAGCACACACACAAGAUCCACCGGCAUUACAUUUGUCUCGCCCAUUAAACUGGCACGCAGCCCGCUAAUCACUUGCAUGUUUCUAGCAAGGAGGCAAUUAUUAGAUGUAUUCAAAUUAUUCAACCAUGCAACUAGCUGGCACCAACUAGUUUCAUGGGCUAUUGGAUCCUAGCCUUGAAAACCUUUAAAUGUUUAUAAUUCUGAAACUCAGUGAUGUGUGCACUACAAAAAAACUGAACUAUAGCUAACCCACAUGUAAAAUUUAAAUUAAAUAAUCAUAAUAUUUGGUGGACCGGCUUGAAGAAGAAGGAGGAGGAGGAGGAGGAGGAGGAGGAGGAGGAGGAGGAGGAGGAGGAGAAUUUGAUAUAUAGUUAUAGAAAGCCUCUAUCCAGACAAUUUUCUCCGUCUUCAAGGCCAAUUGCUCAUCUCUCUUAAAUUUCAUCAGAAAUAGCAGAGACCUACUCCAGACUUGAUGAGCCACACACUCCAGUCUCCACAACAUUUCUUUCUUUAACUCUCUCAGGAAAUAAGAUUUUUGGUUAAGGGGUUAAAUACUAAAAAAAGCAAUGCCAAAAAAUUCCCCCUCAGCUAGUUUCAUUAAAAUGCUCUACUUAGUUCCCUAUUCAGUUUGUCACCACUAGUGAAAAAUGGUUGAGCUUUUCUCAUAAAGCCACAGGAACCACUAAUACAAUGUCCCCCAGUAAACUACCCUCUAGAUUUAAACAUGUGAGACAUAAAUUCUAAGUAGUUAUAGCACAGCAGAACGUAGGAUCUGGAGCAGCGAGGGAAGCUAUCUGGCAAUCUUUUAGUUGAGUUAUGGAGUUUCAAAAGUAGGAUACCUGGGUUAUGCCCUCCGCUCCUACGUUGGGUGAACCACAACACACAUAUUUUUAUUAUCAAUUCUCGGAGCCAGUGAAGUCACAGGGGUGGCUGGGAGUCAGAUUCUCUGUUCCAAACUUCCCCAGGCUUAUUUGCCAUUACGAUUAUGAAUAGGUCAGUCACUCUCAAUGUGCCCAGCACUUUAAAGAGCAGCAACCAAAACGCCAGUCCCUGCCCCAAGGAGGUUACAAUCUAAUAUCUGACAAAGGGAAGGGUUGAGAGUGAACAAAUGAAAAAUAUGUAUCCGGCUUAUUUGUACGCACUUAGCUCUAAGAUAUGGGGAUUAAGGGACCAAGCCAAAUGCUUCACAAACAAUGUGAGUUUUGAGGAGUGAUUUGAUAGAAGGGGGGGUGGACUUCUCAUAGUUGUGCUGGGCAGGGAGUUCCAAGCACAAGAGACAGAAAGGGGAAGGGUAGAAACUGGAUUAUGGUAGCAAGAGUCCUCUGGGUGGUGGGAUAAAAAAGGAUGAACACAGAGGCAUUUGCUCUGUCAAUGCUGUGUUUGCCUUUUACUUUGGGCUCAGAACAUCCCCGUAGGAGAAAGAGGGCAGACUGAGGGCAUCAGCAUGCCAUCAAUUGCCACAUGAAAUGGGUUCUCAUUUGCCCUUUCUUUAAAGGCAGCCAGCUCCAAUGACCAUCUGAAAAUCCGAACCACGUGCACUCAUUUUUGCUUCUUUCAGUUUUUAUCUGUGCAUAUACCUUAAAUGAACUUUUACCUUUCUGCAGAGAAAGAGAGGCAGGCCCUUUUCCCAAACACAAUAA